AUGACAAAGGAAGAAGAGGAUACAACUUGGUUGAUUGAGCUAGAAUCAGCGCUCUUAGAUGGUUGCUCAUCAUAUGAAAUAAACAACAUAACAAAAGGUAAAAGAAUUCCUGAUAGCCUUCGUGCUGAUAUCUGGCUAGUGUGUCUUAAUUGUCAGGACAGUGCCAACCAGUUACUUAUGUUUGAUGAAAUUUUUGAUUUGAAUAACCAAAAUGAUCUAAGAGAUGAUGUGAAAAAAUUUGUUCAAAAACUUGACAAUGAUGAUGAUGAAAAGUUGUCGGUAAUUUCAGACAUUGAGUCAAUUAUAACAUUCUAUUGUAAAUCUAAAUCUCUUAACUAUGCGUCUAGUAAUGGCUGGGUAGAAAUAUUAUAUCCACUCUUAAGUUUAAAAUUACCACGCUCAGAUACCUACAACCUUUUUGAAAAGAUAUUAAAGUUAUACAUUCCAAGUGGAUGUGUGGCUAAUGGUGUACCUUUUCACAUUUUACGAUUGAUUAUUCAAUAUCAUGACCCGGAACUGUGUUCUUUUUUGGAUACUAAAAGGAUUACACCUGAGCAAUAUUGUAUGCCAUGGCUCCGGUCUCUAUUCUCCGGGACUUGUAACUUGGAAGUAGUUCUAUUUAUGUGGGAUUUAUACUUCCAGAGGUCUGACCCCUUCUUUAUAUUCUUCUUAUGUUUGAUAAUGAUUAUAAAUGCAAGAGAACAACUAUUGCAAAUGAAGGAGGAUGGUAAAGCAAAUAUAAUUGAAUGCUUAAGAAAAAUGCCUGGGGAUUUGGAUGCUAAUGAUGUUUCAGAUUUCUGUUCUUUAGCUCAUUACUAUUCUCUAAAGACACCAGUUUCUUUCCGUGAAGAUGUGCUAGAGGUAUUGUUCUCUGAUUGUGGACUUGAAAUUAAUUCAAAGCUCUAUUCACAAGCCUUAUGUCUUCCAUUGGCAGUCCAUGAGCUUAUUGAGAGUGCUACCAUUGACAGUAUGGAUACAGACACUGUCAAGUUUUUUUUAGUUGAUUGCCGUCCAGCAGAGCAGUACAAUGCUGGUCACUUAUCAACUGCCUUCCAUCUUGACUGCAACCUGAUGCUGCAAGAACCCAAUGCUUUUAACACAGCGGUACAAGGCUUGCUGAGUGCCCAAAGGCAAGCUCUAGCUGCAGGCUCUCUGGCAGCUGGUGAACAUUUAUGUUUUGUUGGGUCGGGUAGAACUGAAGAAGAUAGCUAUGCUCAUAUGGUUGUAGCAUCAUUCCUCAAAAGAAAUAUAAAGCAUGUGUCCAUGCUCGACGGCGGAUUCGUGGCGAUUCACGAUUACUUUGGACCACACAUGACUGAUUGCUUAGAGGAUCACAAUCAGGCAAAGUGUUUAGUGUGCGCUCCCAAUAAUAAUAACGUACAUUUGGAGUUAAGGGAGACAAAGAGAAGAGAAAACAUUCCAGCUAUUCAGUUGUUUGGCAAGUUAUCGUCAGCAAUGAGGGCUAAAAGUCAGGAGGUCAAAGGAAAGUUAAUUGAGUACAUAGUUAAUCCAAAUUCGCAGAGUAACACAAGCGAUUGGCACGUAUCGACAUCUGACCGAAAGGAUAGCCGCUAUAGGAACGUGCCGCCUGUGUUUACCAUUAACGAUGAUGACGACGAGUCGUACUCUGACGUGCGACCGGAUCCAGCCGAGCUCGCUGACGAGAUCGUACAAACACAGUCUUUUCUAAAAGGACCGAAUGUGAUCAAUAGUUUCCAAUGUCAAGAAGUGUUAUACAAUGGUUAUAUGCAUGACUCAUUCCUAGUAGUAACGGAAACACAUUUAGUUAUUCUACGUGAAAUUCCCAACAAGAAAGGUUUCGCUAAGGUGCUGUCGAGACGGCUGCUGUCAACCAUUGUUAAGAUCACAGCUAAGAAGAGACACCCGGAAUUGAUCACAUUUAAGUAUGGUGUGCCUGAUGGUGAUAGCUUGCUUAUUAAAGAUAUGGACCGCUUUCUCAUCCCAGAUGCUGCGCUUGCUACUAAAGUUGUUUCUAACCAGAUUGUUACGCAGCUAGACAAUAAAGCCGAGUAA